AUGCCGCGCUCCCGCCGCGCCGCGCGCCGCGGCGGCACCGGCAGCGCGCGGUCCGGCUCGCCCGGCAGCGAGGAGGAGGCCGGCAGCGAGGUGCUGAGCCGCUGCAGCAGCGCCAGCGAGAGCGCCGGCCCCGCCGACGAGGGCACAGGGAGCGAGGCGGCGAGCGAGCAAGGCCAGGAGGAGGAGGUAGAGGACAGGCUGAAAGAGCACAUGGACAACCUCCUGGACAAGAGCGCCAAGGCACGGCAGGCGGCAUUGCAGAGCCUGCGCUUGGCCCUGUCCUCCAAAACCCUGUCCGAGUUCCUGCUGGAGCGCCGCCUGACGCUCACCGACUCCCUGGAGAAGUGUCUCAAGAAAGGUAAAGGAGAGGAACAGGCACUGGCUGGCACCGUCCUCACCCUCCUCUGCCUCCAGAUGGGCUCUGGCCCGGAGGGAGAAGAGGUGUUCUGCAGCCUGAAGCCUCUGCUUAUCAGCAUCCUGACAGACAGCACAGCCAGCCCCAGCGCCCGGCAGAGCUGCGCCACGGCCCUGGGCAUGUGCUGCUACAUUGCUGCUGCUGACCUCAAGGACCUGGUUUCUUGCCUGUCCUGCUUAGAGGGCAUCUUCAGCCCCCCCAGCACAGGCGAAGGCGACUCAGCACCUGCCCAGCACGGGCCUCUGCACUGCAGUGCGCUCCAGUCAUGGUCCCUGCUCCUCACCAUCUGCCCCCCGUCCCACCUCAGGAGCAUUUUGGACAAUCGCUGGCUGCAGCUGCCCCCACUGCUGACCAGCAGCAGUGUUGCCCUGCGCAUCCUGGCUGGGGAAACCAUUGCGCUGCUCUUCGAACUGGCCCAGGACCUGGAGGAGGACUUGUGCAACCAAGACACAGAGUUCCUGUGUACCCAGCUCAAGGUCCUGGCUACUGAGAGCAACAAGUACCGAGCCAAGACAGACCGACGGAGGCAGCGAUCCAUCUUCCGGGACAUCCUGCGUUUCAUUGAGAGUGGGGAGUACCAGGAGGAGACCAUCCGAUUUGGCCUGGAGUGCAUGUACCUGGACAGCUGGGCACGCCAACGCACCUACCAAGCCUUUAAGGAGGUGCUGGGCUCCGGCAUUCGCCACCACCUCCAGAACAAUGAGUUGCUACGGGAGAUCUUUGGCCUCGGGCCCCCCUUGGUGCUGGAUGCGGCCGCUCUGAAAGCCAGCAAGGUCUCCCGCUUCGAGAAGCACCUCUACAACUCGGCUGCCUUCAAAGCCCGCACGAAAGCCCGGAGCCGCGUGCGGGACAAGCGGGCAGAUGUGCUGUGAUGGGCAGAGGGGGGCAGAGCCCCCAGCCCACGUGGACUGCAGACCCAGCACUGUGAGGGGCAGGUGCCCCCAGCCCUCGGGCUUUUAUUCAUGUACAGCAGAGUAUUUAAUGCCUGGAGCUGCCCCAAGCAGGGGGCUGCCCCCUC